AUGAAAGGCAAAGUUGUGAAGUACGUGAAAGGAAAGGACGGUGUAAUUAGAGGAGUUAUUGUAUUACAUAAAGGUAACUAUUUGGAACGACCUGUUCAGCUAGUAUGUCCUUUGGAGAUAAGGAGCAUGGUUAAGGAAAAUCAAGGAAGACACAAGGAAAGUACUGAAGAUAAUGAUGAUAAAUUAAAGAAAAGACCAGAACGGAAAGCAGCAAAGAUGGCGAAAGUUAACAUCAGAGAACAGUUGAAGGACGAUUAA